AUGAGUGGAGGUAAUACUUCACGUUCUAAUUCGCUUCCUCAAUACAAUAAUACAACUUCACCGUUGUUCGAACUUAUGAAUAUUCCUAACCGUCUUGUAAUAGAAAAAGUUUAUCUAAAUGGUCUUCAUUCACUUAGACGUUUUGAAGUUCGCAAUAUAUCACAAUCUACAAUACUAGUGAAAUUGCGUUCUAAUCUUGGUUCACAGAUAGCGUUUCAACUUACAAAUGAAAAUCUUCCUGAUUUGACUUCUAAAAAAGCAGAAAUGGUAGCUUCGUCUGAACUUGGUUCAACUUCUAUAUCAGAAGGAAAUAGCAGCAUUUUGUAUAAUGUUUCAUUAGAUAACUCCUUAAUUAAUAUUGCAACGAACACUGUCGCUGCUGCUGCAGUUGGCGCAUUCGGUGAUAGCGUGAAUGGACAUGAAUUCAACCAACUUUUCAAUUAUGUAAAUCAUAUAGACGAAGUAAUUAUUUCACCUGGAAGUUCACAAAAAGUGAUAUUGGCCUUUUUACCAGAUGCUCACCAUAAAAAUCGUAGAUCUGUGGAAGACCUAAAUAAGCCUUCUUCAAUUCCUGAUGAGACUGAUGAAACUAGAAUAAAUACUAAUAUUUUCACACAAUCAUCAGAAGAUGAAGAAACUCAUGAUUUUUUUGAAGUCAAUGGGCUAUUAUUCUUCUUUGCAUAUGUUAUCGAAAAGCAACAAAAUGUUGAAAGCAUGGAAAUAUCAAAUUUUCCUAAGGCUAAUGUCACGGGAACCUAUAAGAAGAAGUCAUCUGCCUUCCUGGUCUCGACAUAUGAAACCGAUCAAGUUAACAAGACAUUUAAGUCUGAAAUUGAUAACGUUCCUCGUGAUAUUGAAACGAUGGGUAGCUCUUCUAAAGCAGAUUAUCAAAUUACUGUUAAAUUUCGUUCUACGGUUUGUCGUUCAGUAUUAUGGACGGACGUUGGAGAAACUGGAAUUAAUUUUGAUGAUUGUGUAAAUGGGGGUACUUAUUUCAAAGAUUUUACCAUAUGGAAUCGUUCUGAAAUUGAAUUAUAUUGGCUUUUGAAUACGGUAGAUUUAUCGAAUUCUGAACGUGAAGAUUGGUUAAAAUUUACAGACUAUGAUACUGGUGAAUUACUCGAUGAUAAGCCAAUACCUAGUUAUUCCCAUAGAAGAAUUAGAGUAACAUUUAAGCCUAAAGAAAUAGGAGAAUUUAGCUAUGAUCUACAGCUUGAGAAUGCCAACGAUUCUGCCAAUACUUUACAAAGCAGAAUUAAUGCAGUUGUAAGAUCAGUUUUAAGAGAAGAAUCAUUGGUCGUUAGUAGUGGUAAUAUCCUGGAUUUUGGAGAUUGCUGUGCGGGAGUUUGGAGUAAACAACAGUUGAUUCUAAAAAAUGUCAGUGAAGUACCUUUAGAAAUUCAUUUUUCAGCUGAGAAUGCAGAGGUAUUGUUCCAUUUGAAAACAGAUAAUUUGAUAGAGAAUAGUAAAGUAGACCUAAAAGGUAAUGAUCGUUAUGCCGGAGACAUAACUUUUUUACGCCAUCGUCAUAAAGAUGUUUCAAAUGUUACGAUAACUAAUACUCCUAUUAACACGAACGCUACAGAUGAGGUAUCUGUCUCUGGUAGUAUAAUUGGUUUACAGUCUCCAUCGCCCGUAGAAAGAUUAUCUUAUAUAAAUGAGUCGCAAUCGUCAAGAUCGGUAAACAAACUUCGAUUCAAUAACAUCGGAGGUUCAGAUAUUGAGAGAGAUAAUAUUUCUGGAAGGAUUAAGAAUACUUUAGAGAGAGAAAAUUUGGAAAAAGAAAUGUCGGAUGGGAUAACUCAAAUUGAAGAAGUAAUUUUUGGACCUGGAAGAGAGAAGACAGUUCAAGUUUCCUAUCGUCCGGAAAAAGACUCAUCCGCUAAUGAUUUUAAAGCUGGACAAUUAACACGAAGAAACUUUCGAAUUAUUCUGCAAUAUAUGUCGGUUAAUUCAAGUUCAACAAGUAUGAGAUCGGGUGGACAUGAGCGUAAAAUUAUUCAAUGUAGAGCUAGGAGUUGUACUUCUUUUAUUGAAGUAAAUCCUAAAGAAGUGAAUUUUGGAGAUACAGAUGUCGGUACGUUAAAAUCGGUGCCUAUCGUAAUUACUAACUUAUCUGAAUUGACAGCCCGUGUAGAAUUACAGUUUGUUUCAAAAGUGCUUAAUUGCACUCAUGAUGAAAUUGUUAUUCCACCAAAAUUAUCAACUAAAGUCAAACUCGAUAUGUAUCCAAGAAAGGUUAAUGUUGAUUAUCGAAAGCAAAUUACUGUUGUCAAUUUGCAAAACCGCGAUAACGAUCAAAUCAUAGAAGUUAGAAGUACAAAUAUUGACAAAAAUGGCGUCACUUUUCAUUCGUUAUUUUAUCGAAUUUUGACUUCAACCGGGAGUAAUUUUAUUGAUUUUGGACCUACUGUGAUAAAUUCUCCGAGCAUUCGAACAUUUACAAUUGAUAAUUUUAGUUCAAAGAACUUGACCCUUGAGAUAACUUCUUCAUUAUCUGAAGAGAUAGUUAUGUAUCAAAAGCGUAUGAAAAUCGAUGAUGCGAUUAGUUCAGGAGAUCAGAAUUUAGUCUCUCAAAGUACUGGGGUUCAUAUUACUGAUAGUGGAGAUAAUGAACAAAGCAGUUCCUCUAAACUUGAGAGGCGCGAAAAACUUUUAGAAACUAUUGGAAAUAAGCGAAUAUUAAGGAAACAACCUUCUAUUGACAUUAAUAAAACAAAUUUAAAUGCGAGUAAUCUAUCAACAGCAAGUUCAACGAUGUCGAAUGAGGACAAUCAAAAAAGUCUGGCAAAUAAACGAUAUAGUUCGUCUGUUUUAUCAGAUAGUGCAUCAUCAGAUUCUUCCUUAUCAAGUGCAGCAUACCUUGAUUUAGCAAGUCCCUCAUCCUUACGAUCCCCAAGGAAACGUCCAUUAAAGAUCGCGCUGAAUAAAAUGUCUGGGUUUGCUAAAAUUGGAAGGGUAAAAGAAAGUUUAGAACCUGGAAGUACAAGUAAUACUGGUACUUUAAAGAACACUACUGGAAUAUUUAAAAGAGUUAUUGAUUCAGGCGAAAGUAAUAUGAACGAUUCAUCUCGUGAAAAAUCACAAAAAAAUCAAAAUAGUAGUUCAAUAAACAUUUCAGUAAGAAAUGAGAAAGCCAAGAUACAUAAUAAAGAAACUUUAUCAAGUAUGCCAAUAGAAUCGCUUAUUGCUAUACUAGAAAAUAACAAUAAUGGUAAUUCACAAUUAUUAUUCCCAAAGGCUUCUGCUGAAGUUUCUUAUGUUCGCCAACAGAUGGCUCUUUUGCGUGAAUUGCAAAAUCGUAUGAGAGAUCAUCAAGUUGUUCCCAUUAAAACGAUAGAAAUUCCACCUAAGGGAGAAAGACAAAUAAUAGUUGUCUUUACUCCAAAGCGACAUUUAAGAAGAAUGAUUCAAGGAUUACCAAAGAAAUGUGAUGCUAGAGUCUUCAUUCGCCUCAUUGAUUUUGAUAGAGAAAUUCAACAGCCACAAUUUGAAGCUUUACUACAAGGUGACCAAAGUCAUAUUCCUGUCAGAGAACUUAUGGUUAAUACGACUAUGUGUCGUUCGAUUAUGGAUUUAGGUCAAAAGAAUAUCAAUUUUGGAAUCAUGGAUAAAAAUGAACGUCGAAGCAAAAAAAUCCUCAUUCAAAACCGAAGCGAAGUACCAUUAUUAUACAACAUUCGAAAAUCAGGAUUAAUUUCUUCAGGUGACAUUAUGUUUAGUGCUGGACAUAUGGGAGUUGUCCGUGGAUAUGGCAAAAAAGAAGUCGAAUUCACAUUUAAUCCUAGUCUUCCUGGACAAUUUCUUGAAAAAUUAGAAAUCGAAAACAUUCAAGAUAGAGAUAAUGAUCAAGUGCUUUCGGUUAAAGCUAUCAUAAAAAAGCAAUCUAAUUUUCUUAUUCAUCCGUUGAAUUUAAAUUUUGAACCUUGUUUUAUUAAUGACAAUGCACCACGAGUUCAGCAUAUCACAAUUAGUAAUACUAACAAAUUAUCUCGUAUGUUUGAAGUUCACAUUGACCCACAAGAUCUUAAAUUUAAAUGGUGUUAUGGUGAGCUGAGCUUUGUACUUCAAGAGGACACUGAUGGAUCUUCAAUAAAUGGAGGUCUACUAAGUAAAGAGACAGAGGAAGAAAUCGAAAACCUUGAACAAAAAGUAAAAAUUGCAAAACGCAAAGGGCGAGAAGAGAAGGUGAAAAAAUUAGAAAAAAAAUUAGCAAAGUUACGACGUGGUGAUACAGGAAAAGAUGACGACGAUGAUAUUCAUAGCGACGGACAACGGACUCCACUUGAAGAUUCCUAUGUUAACGGAACGAAUAGUGAACGUCUUAUGCUUAGUAGACCAGCUUUAACAGUUGAAAAAAAUUCCGAUCAAUCUAAUAAGCGUCCUUUGAUUUCACCUAAUUUAAUAAAUGGAAAGGAAGGUCCCAAAUACAAAAAAACCCAAACUUCAAUUAUAUUUCCUAUGGAACCACGUACAUCAAAAACUAUUUAUAUUUAUUUUAAAGCCGUUGCAAUCAAUACCGAUUCGCUCCAAAUAGAAGGGGAAAAUGCUAGACCUUCCCAAGAAAACAUCGUUAGUCGAAUUUAUGUUCAUGAGCAUAAAAAUACAGAUAUUACUAAAACCGUGGUUUUUAAAGCUACGGUUUUCUAUGAUUAUUCUAGUUACAUACAGACAUCAUCAGAUGAAACAUUUAGUAAUGAAUACAAGUCGGAAUCAAGCUUGUCAAGCCCGGCACCCGAGUCAUCGAGUGUAGUUUCGGACACCGUAGAGAAUAUUAAGUUUUUUACACCGUCUUCAUUACGCAAAUUAUCUUAUUUAAUUGGUUCUCAAUCACAAAAAGGAUCCGAUAUUACUCCAAAAAGUGUUGAUAAAUCACCUAUAAUAGAACUUACACAAUUUGGGUUCCCCCGUUCAGAAUCACCCGAACACGUGGAGCACGUACCCGUAACUGAUCAUUUGAAUUUGGAACCAGCUAUAUUAGAUAUAGGAAGACUUGAGGUUAAUCAACGUCAUAACUAUUACUUUAAAUUGUCCAAUCGAGGUGAUCAUUCAUUAAAUUUCGAAAUUAUUGUCUCGGAAGAUGAUAAAUCAUUUUUCCAAAUAAGUCAAAUACAUGGAACGUUGUCAUCUCAAGAAACUCGUCGCAUAGAUUUUUCAGUUGUUGCCACAGUUGUUGGAAGACAAAAUCACAAGUUACUAGUCCGGAACAAUGCAACAAAAGUCGAAUGUACUUUUGCUCUUCGCGGUUACGUACAUUAUUCCCAAUAUUUACGAUUUCCAUCGCUUGCUGAUGAUGGACAAUCUGAACUAAAUUUGGGUUAUUGCUAUGUUGACCCUGGACGGAAAUAUUCACAAGUAACACCUCUAAUUGUAGAAAAUAUUUCCGAUGAUGAUGUUUAUAUUACGGGUCAAAGUAAUUUAUCAUUGCAAGUUUCCGUCUUCCUUGAUGAGAAUGGAACGCGUGGACAAGUUUCCAAGACUUUGUUAAAAAAGAAAUCAGUGACUACAGUUUGGAUCGCUUUACAUCCAAAUUUAUUAAGUGUAGUUCCAGCAACAGGAAGAAGAAAUGUCAAUACAGGGAAUACACCUGUUGGUUCAGUAAAUGGAACAAACAUUUCUAAUGGUGAAUGCCGCGAAUUAAUCGGUGGCAUCAAAUUUAUUGUCCAUGUAAAAGAAAGCAUAAGUUCGUCAUUUACACGAAAAGUUGAUAAUGAUAUUGAUGAAAGUGGAGAAUCAAAUGAUACAGAAUUGAUUGAAGCUAUCACUCAAACUGUCAAGUUCGUUUCUUUGAUAGGCCGUUCUAUAUUGUCGGUAUCAGAAAAGCUAAUAUCUCUUGGAUCGACUACUUCUAUUGGUGAAACGUUCUAUGGUUCUUUUAUUGUUCGUAAUAUGUCCAGUCGUUUACCUUUAGAUUAUGCAGUCGAAUGUCCAAACGGAACCAUUUUAUUAGAUCGCACGUGUGGAACUCUUGUCGGAUGGGAAUCUAAGUUCAAACAAUGUCAGGAAGAUAUUGACACCACCUCCACUCGUGAUAGUAAUUUGGUUGAUAAAUCAAUGGCUUUAAUUAAUUUUAGAGUUACAACAUCAAAGUAUGGACUUUUCAGAGAUAAAAUUAUAGUUACCAAUAAAAAUAAUGUAGUUCAAAUCGUUGAAGUAGAAGUUCGUUUGUUUGUUGACAACAACUCACUUGAUUUUUCGACUAAAGAUGAUAGCUCUAUAUCAAAAAACAUUUUUUCCGAGAAGGCACCAAUGGGUCUUAAAAACCUUAAAGAUUUUGGUAAAUUGCCUCUACUUUCUUGGGAGAAUGUUCCCACUACGAUCGUUGUUGGAUCCGAAUCGAAAAUGAUAAACUCCAAUUUAGAAAGCAAAUUAGAUCUUAAAGCCGUUAUUCAAAAAGGAUAUCAGGCAACAGCAGUUCCGCUAUAUGAACAUUGUGUUGAGAUUUGUAACAAAUCAUCAACUGACAUUAUGCAAAUUAGUCCAAGGAGUGAUUUGGAUGUUAAAAUCAGAUGGGGACCCUUUGGAAAUACAAGAAUUAUUGAAGACUAUAAUGAGAAAUUAGAUGUCGUUGAUUCACCGUUUCAUAUCUGUGGACCUUUUAUUGAAUUGAAACCUGGAAAAAAAGCUCAUCUUUAUAUAAGUUGCCCGCAGCCUAAUUCGUUAACUUCCGAGGAACUUAAGUUUAUUGAGGUUGGAAAAAAAGUGAGCAUUCAAGGUGUACUUCUCUUGAAUGAUGAUAUACAAAAGCUUUCAGUAAAAUUAAUAGAUUUAAAUGCAAAGUUUUGUGUUCCAAAGGGCGAAUUAAACACGAGCGUGAUAAAUCUUGGAAAAUUAGGACAUUCAAAUUCUUGGGCAGGAAGUGAAUUUCAAUUCAUUUUGCGCAAUUUAUCAGAAAUUCCUUUACAUUAUGAAUUACAAAGUCCCGACUGUAUUGAAAUAUUAGGAGUAAUGGAUGAUGGUUCAAAUGUUCAGAACAAAGGCGUGAUUGCUUCGAAACGCACUGUGGAACCACUUAUUGAUCAGAUCAUAACAGCAGUUCUUAAGCCCCGUAGGAUUAAAAAUUUCUCUGCGGGCGAACGGACAUUUUCCGUUAAUGUACUAAACAUGUAUAAUCCUUACAAUAUAAUGACUUUGAACAUCCAAGCUACGCUUACUUUAUUUGAGCUUAAAUUUGAUCGGUUAAUUAAAGGUGAACUUGUAUUGCCUUCUCUUUAUCAUCCUCUCCCUCGAUCAGAUUUUGCUUGUGACGCAUGGUUUACAAUUCACAAUAUAAGUGAAAAAGAUAUUCGCUUUGAAAUUGGAGUGGAACUUGCUCCUUAUAUUUCUAAUUUUAUCAAAAUUGAUAUACUUUCAAGGUUUUCAAAUUCACCAUUAAUUGGUAGUGUUUCGAUUAGCGCUCACGGCUCAAUCGAAGUUAGAGUUCGUGCUUAUCCAAUAGAAACCAGCCGUAUACCUCGUGAAUCUUCGUAUCUCAUUAAUCCUGAUGGUGUUACUUUUGGUAAACUUUGGGUGGCAACAAAACAAAGUUAUGAGGAUGAUAUUCUGCAGAGAGUGGCUGAGAAUAUACCAAUACGUGGCGUAAUUACAGAGUCUCCCACGUUUUCUGUUUCAACUAAGAAGAUACGUUUUAAGACAGAAUUAUGUUCUUCUGAUGGUGAAAUUACUAAUGAUGUUAGUAAUAGUAAACGUAAAUCAUCACUGACUCAGAGACGUAAAUUAUCUCCUUCGAACCAAGAUGAACAACUGAUCGAAGCAUCUAAUGAUUUUGAAGAUGUUUUACCACAAAGAGAAUCCAUUAUAAUAAAAAAUUUGUCAGAGAAAAUUCCAUUAUCUUUCAAAGUACACAUCGAAGGCCCAAUGGAACUUUCCGCUAAAGAGAUUAUCAAUGUCUUUCCAAUAGAUGAUAAUGGAUGUGGAACUAUAGAACCCGGGAAAUCGUUCAAUUUAGAAAUUGAACUAGUUGAUUCUACAAUAGCGGUUUCGGAAGAUAUUAAGAUUUGUAUUAUAGAUCUCAAUUCUUUAUCUAGUCAUGAUAAAAUUGUUCUUGUUGGUAUUGAAUCUGUCGCUCGUGAACCUCGUAUAGUUGAAGAAAUUCCUGAUUCAGUACCCGAAAAAUCAAUGGAAAUAGGUCAUAAAAAUUUGAUCGUUUCACAAGAAAGGCAAUACUCUUACCAGGAUAUUUCCUCUGAUUUACCUUUCAUAACGUUACGUGGAUGCAAAAGAAUCGGAGAAGCUGUAAAAAUUGGUGGUUGUUAUGAACUUAGUUUAGGGCAACAAGACCUUGGAUUAACUUCUAUAGUAAAGAAAUUGACUCUUGAAAAUACCACCUCAAAAAGAGUUUCAUAUCGAAUUAAAACUGUUUCAGCUAGUGAUAAGAGUUGGUUAAAUAUAAGCCGGACUGAAGGCACAUUAGAAGCACCAACUGAUCGCCAAUAUACUGACGCACAUACGAUAACUUUGAGUUUUAUGACGAGUAUGCGAAAUGUUUAUUCAACAUAUUUGAUAAUCGAAAAUUUGAACAAUCCUUCAGAUACCAAAACUAUCAGAGUCAUGAUGGAGGUAGUUGCUAGACAAAAUUUAAGGAGAGGUGCCAAUACUCCAGUAGCUAGCAAUCAUGUCUUCGAUAUUUACGUGAACGGUGUGGAUACUAGCCAAACACGAAUAGAAAUGCUGAAUUUAUUUUAUGGUUCAGAAUAUUCUUCGCGUAGCAUGGUCAUUUAUAAUAGGGAGACCGUACCGUUAGAAUUUUCGUUUCAAACAAAUCUUGAUUAUGAUGAUCCAACAGAAAUUUUAUUUUCUACUUCGAGAAUGUCAGUUAAAUUAUUUAAAACACUUACCGUUGAACCAGGAAGUAAUGUUCGAGUUUAUAUACGACUAAAACCUUUACCUUCUCGAGAAAUACAAGAAUUUCUUGAUGGUGGCAAUCAGAGAGAUCCAAAUUUAGUGGAAGAGAAAGUCAUUGAAAUUUAUGUGAAUUGUAGACUUGUAAAAGAUUAUCAGCAAACUUUAAUACUUAAGGCAGAAUGCAAAAUAUGGCGUCGCGAUCCUAAUAAUAAGGAGGAUGAUGAAUGGAACUUACAGUUUAAUCCGGAAUUUCGCGAAAUAAAAAUCAAUAAUUUACUUGAUAAACCUUUGGAGUAUGAAAUUAUUAAUGACACGAUGUAUUUCAAUUUGGAACUAUGCAAUGAUGUCAAAGAAGUGGCUCCAAAAUCAUUUCAUAACGUUUUGGUACGACCUAACUUAAAGUCUUUGAUUAAGAAUGCCGAAAGCGUUCGAAGG